CUGCAGCGCGACCGGCAACAUGGAGGCGGCCGUCGGCGCCCCAGACGGCGGCGACCAGGGCGGCGCGGCGCCCCGGGAGGACGCGACGCCCAUGGACGCCUAUCUGCGGAAACUGGGCUUGUAUCGGAAACUAGUCGCCAAGGACGGGUCGUGCCUGUUCCGGGCCGUGGCGGAGCAGGUGCUGCACUCUCAGUCUCGCCAUGUUGAAGUCAGAAUGGCCUGUAUUCAUUAUCUUCGAGAGAACCGAGAGAAAUUUGAAGCGUUUAUAGAAGGGUCAUUUGAAGAAUAUUUAAAACGUUUGGAAAAUCCACAGGAAUGGGUUGGACAAGUGGAAAUAAGUGCCCUUUCUCUUAUGUACAGGAAAGAUUUUAUAAUUUAUCGGGAACCAAAUGUUUCUCCUUCACAAGUAACUGAAAAUAAUUUUCCUGAAAAGGUAUUACUGUGUUUUUCAAAUGGAAAUCAUUAUGAUAUUGUCUAUCCCAUAAAGUAUAAAGAGAGCUCUGCUGUGUGUCAGUCUCUGCUUUAUGAAUUGUUGUAUGAGAAGGUGUUUAAAACUGAUGUUAGUAAAAUCUUGAUGGGACUAGACACCUCUGAAGUAGCUGAUGAAAACAACAGUGAAAUAUCAGAUUCAGAGGAUGACAGUUGCAAGAGUAAAACUACCACUGUUAAUGAUGUGAAUGGAUUUAAAUCUUUGUCAAGUGAUCAGCACCCGAAAAGCAAUGGGAACUCUCCUAGCCUUCCUUUGUCUAGAAAGGUUCUUAAGUCACUCAGUCCAGCAGUCUAUAGAAACGUGGAAUAUGAAAUUUGGCUGAAGUCUAAACAAGCUCAACAAAAACAUGAUUAUUCCAUUGCUGCUGGCUUACAGUAUGAAGUUGGAGACAAAUGCCAAGUUAGGUUGGAUCACAAUGGAAAAUUUUCUAAUGCAGACUUUCAAGGGGUUCACUCUGAGAACGGGCCAGUUUUGGUCGAAGAACUUGGAAAGAAACUCUCCCCGAAGAACCUCAGACUGCCUUCCUCAGAAAGCUGGAACACGGUGGCAGGGAAGAAGAUGAAAAAACCUCCCUCCGGACAGAAUUUCCACUGUGACGCGGACUACAGAGGGUCCAAGGCCCCGGCGAAGCCAGGCAAAGCCCCGCCCGCGCUGCCACCUCGCCUGCAGCACCCUCCGGGGCUGAGGCAGCGCGCGCCCCCCGGCCACUCUGCAGCGCCGCAGUCUCAGAAGCCCUCCAGUGAGCACAGAAGUCUGAGCAGGACACCCACACAGGCCACAAGGAAACCUGAUCGUGAGAGAGCUGAGGAUUUUGAUGCCACGACUCGAGAAUCUAACUAUUUCGGCCUCUCUCCAGAAGAGCGCAGAGAGAAGCAAGCUAUAGAAGAAUCUCGUUUACUCUAUGAGAUUCAGAACAGGGAUGAACAGGCUUUCCCAGCCCUUUCCAGCUCAUCAGUCAGCCAGUCAGCUUCUCAGAGUAGCAACCCAGGCAUCCAGAGAAAAUCAGCACAUGGAAGCGAUAGAAAAGGAAGCAGGCGGAGAAUGGACACCGAAGAAAGAAAAGAUAAAGACUCUGUCCAUGGACAUACCCCCUUGGAUAAAAAGCCCGAGCCAGGCACACUGGAGAAUAUUAGCAAUGAUAAGUGUUCAAGAAUUACAUCACCAUCAAAGAAAUUAGAGUGCCCACCUCCUACAGAACAAAAGCCAGCAGAACAUGUGUGUCUGUCCAAUCCAGCUCCCCUUCUAGUGUCUCCAGAGGUACAUCUAACUCCUGCCGUGCCUUCUUUACCAGCCACUGUGCCAGCCUGGCCAAGUGAACCUACAACUUUUGGACCAACAGGUGUCCCUGCUCAAAUUCCUGUUUUGUCAGUGACACAGACUCUGACCACGGGACCUGAUUCUGCUGUGUCCCAAGCUCAUUUAACACCCUCUCCAGUUCCUGUGUCAAUACAGGCCGUUAACCAGCCCUUGAUGCCUUUGCCUCAGACACUGAGCCUUUACCAAGACCCACUCUAUCCUGGGUUUCCUUGUAACGAAAAGGGAGAUCGAGCCAUUGCACCACCUUAUUCACUGUGUCACACUGGGGAGGACCUGCCUAAAGAUAAGAACAUUCUUCGAUUCUUCUUCAAUCUUGGUGUAAAGGCAUACAGUUGCCCUAUGUGGGCCCCGCAUUCUUACCUGUACCCUCUGCACCAGGCCUACCUGGCAGCCUGCAGGAUGUACCCAAAGGUCCCUGUCCCCAUGUACCCUCAAAACCCUUGGUUCCAAGAAGCUCCUGCUCAGAGUGAAAGUGACUGUGCCUGUCCGGAUGCACACUUCCCCAUGCAGCCUGAGGCCAGUGUUAACGGUCAGAUGCCCCAGGCAGAGAUUGGACCGCCGACGUUUUCUUCAGCCCUGGUUAUCCCUCCGUCUCAGGUGUCUGAAAGUCACGGACAGUUGUCUUAUCAGGCCGACCUGGAAUCUGAAAACUCUGGGCAGCUUCUUCACGCUGAAUAUGAAGAGUCGCUGAGUGGCAAGAACAUGUUCCCGCAGCCGUCUUUUGGACCGAACCCAUUCUUAGGCCCGGUUCCCAUCGCACCUCCUUUCUUUCCUCACGUUUGGUAUGGGUACCCUUUUCAGGGAUUCAUAGAAAAUCCAGUAAUGAGGCAGAAUAUUGUUCUGCCCUCUGAUGAGAAAGGAGAAUUGGAUCUGCCCCUGGAAAAUCUGGAUCUUUCUAAAGAAUGUGCUUCGGUUUCCGCAGCAGACGAGUUUCCCGAGGCUGGAGGUGAAGACACGCGUCCUCUCCCUGAAGCCAGUGUGAGCGAGCGCGAAGGCCGGGCGGAGCCGUCAUCCCAGACGCCUAAGGCAGAUCUGGCGCUGGCUCCCGUCCCUCCUGCGGCAGAGGGGAAGGCUCCGCUUCCCACUCAGAUUCUAAACAGAGAGAGAGAGACUGUGCCUGUUGAACUUGAGCCUAAAAGGACCAUUCCGAGUCUGAAAGAAAAACCAGAAAAAGUGAAAGAUCCUAAGACUGCUGCCGACGCGGUCAGUGGGGCCAGCUCUGUGGACAGCAGGGUGCCGAGACCAAAAGAAGAGAGCUCAGAGGAUGAAAGCGAGGUGUCUGACAUCCUGAGAAGUGGUCGAUCCAAGCAGUUCUAUAAUCAGACUUACGGAGGCAGGAAGUACAAAAGUGAUUGGGGCUAUUCUGGUAGGGGGGGCUACCCUCAUGCGAGAGGGGAGGAGUCCUGGAAAGGGCAGCCAAGCAGGAGCCGAGAUGAAGGUUAUCAGUACCAUCGGAAUGCCAGAGGACGGCCCUACAGGGGGGAUAGGAGGAGGUCGGGGAUGGGAGAUGGCCAUCGGGGACAGCACACUUGAUGGUGUUGCUGCGGCGUUUUAGAGCAGAAGCCCUAAGAUCUUAGGUGGAACGUUUCUGAAGUCUUUUAAAAAAAAUACAUUAAAAUAAAAACCCAAAUUGGAACUCUCUCCUCCCCUGCCCCUUUGCCCUCCCUCUCAUUCUGGACAAGAGAUUUUGCAUAUGCGUUUAAGGGGGCAGGUGAAUUCCUGGUGUUGCCAUUUUUCUUCAUUCACAAUCUGUCUGUCGGGUGACUGCCCCCAUAAAAAGUAAGAAAUAAGUUUGUUAAAGUAUUUUUUAUAAACAGCUUAAUAUGAAACAUCAUAGAUUUAGUGUUUGAUUUUUUUCCUUAUAUAAGUUUAAUUUUCAAAUGUUGGAAAUGAGUGCUUUAUAGUGUUUACUAAAGUGACAAAAUACAUCAUUUGACACACUAUAGAUUCCAAAACAUAACAUUGCACCAAAUAGAAAUGUAUAUUUUAUUAUGCAAUGCCUUAGUCAUAAACUGGGCUCAAACAAUUCUUAGCCUAAAACACUGUUGUCUUUUGAAAUGCUUCCAACCCAAAGGCCUUUCAUCUCAAUAUCUGUCAAACUUGAAUAAUGUCUUCUCUUUAAUAUUACACAUAAGGCAGCCUAUUAACCUGUGUCUUAGAAAUGUUGUAUAUAGUUCUUUUAAUAUUCAUAGGGUAUAUUUUUGAAUUUUGGUGAGUAUUUGUUGAACUUGAGAUUGCAUACAAGAAUAGAUGUUUAAGAAAUAAUAGGAAAUCUAAUGAAAUGGCUGUUCCCACCAAGAAUUCUUAGCACUGGUGUAAAUAUCAUGGUGCCUACUCGAAAGAAAUGUAGAUGCUAUGCAUUUUGAAAAUAAUCUGCAUCUGUUAAAACUGCAGAAGUUUUUUAAUGCCACUUUAACACUAAUGCACUGACAGAUUUAAAUAUUUUGUGAGAAGAAAUGUUAAAAAUUUUUAGCCUGACAGGUUUCUAUAGAGUUACUGUGUUUCAUUUUUCCCUUUGCACCGCCCUCGGUUAUGUGUACCACUUUACAUUUGCAUGUUCAAUCUGUCACGGCUGGAACUAUAGUACAAAAAAGGAUGAUUGUGACUUUGAGUUCUUUUCUAGAGGAUGCUGCUAGACAGUGGAUUUGUUUGCAUUUAAUAACUUGUCACCCCUUCGGUGACAUGUCUCUGAUUCUGUUUCCUUCCAGUCUCUUGCAGUAUUCACUAGCCUUUCCCUUUGCAUGUUGCACUCAGUUCCCAUUUGGAGAUUUGAUUCUCUGAAUUAACACAGUAUUCAUUCAUCUGUGUUACUAUGUAAAAAUAACUGUAGCUUAUAUUUCUUAUUUGUACAUACCAAUGUGAAGUUCUACCCUUUUUUAUGUUCUGCUUUGAUCAGGAAGUUUUGAGUGCUAUGCAAAUAAUGUAAUUUCUCUUUGCAUGCCAUGUGUAAUAUACCUAGCCAAAAGUAGAUUUUUUUUUUUUUUAAAGCAAUUACUUUAUAAAAGCAGAUACAAUUCACUUGAAUUUGACAAACUGAAGCAGAUGAGUUUUCUGGGUUCUCUGAUAACCUGCGGGAAUGUUUGGACGCCAGCUAGGCUCAGUGAAUCUCCACUGUACUGUAAUAAUGGUUAUUUACCUCUGUGUUGUUUUAAUUACCUAAUGUCUUUGUAACUGCUGAUUUGAGUAGUGAUUAGUGUGUAGAUGUUUUGUAACAUAGGAUUUUAGAGAGCACUUUGAAAGAUAACAUUUUAUUCUGAUGGUGCUAGGUAAAAAUUUGUAAAGACUGGGAUGGUUGUGUGGAAAAGAAAAAAAUUCUUGAGAGAACCUGUUGAAAGGAAUUUCUGUUGUCACCUUCUGAGCUGGAACAACUGGGGCAGAAGGUACUGCUUAAGCAAUUUUUUUCUUGGUUAACGUGAACAGUUGUUAGGGAAUGAGAAGAUGAGAGGGUCCUCCACUUUCAGCUCAUGCUUGUAUAUGUAGGAUUAGCUUACCUGAUAAUUUUAAUGAAAAUUACAUUAGAUAUAAUGACCAGAUUUAAAAGUUCAAUGUAAGUUUGAUCUCAGGAGUCCAAAA